CUCAAAGGUCAAAGCCAGCAGGCACCCAGCCCCCGCCCCCGCCACCGCCAUUAUCAGCAGCUUCGACUUCUCCGGCCGCUCCGUCCUUUUGGCAUUUCCUCCCGUCUUCUCUCGCUGCUUUUCAUUACCUCCUCCCGCGCCGCCCGUAGUACCGAUUCGCACUCGGAUGGCGUCGGCGGCGUUCAAGUCCACCACGCGCCGCGCCCUCCACGCCACCACCACCUCCCGCUCCGACCCGCCCCCGUGCCCGCGCCGCACCCGCUCGCGCUCCGUCAGCGCGGCGCCCCGCGCCGCCCACGAGGACUACGCCAACACGCGCACCAACCCGCUCUUCGACUCCGCGGCCUCCCCGUCCGCCUCGCCAUCUCCGCCCCCCGGGGCGGCUGCUGCUACUGGUGCUACCUCCGGCCGUGGGGAUGCGGCGGGCCGGGAGAGGGGGCGUGAGCCGCGGCUCAAGAGCGGGGGGCGCGGCGGCGGUGGAGGGAGGGCGCGGUCGGCCUCCGUCGCGCCGCCGCAGCGGCGCCACACCGCCUCGGUGGCGGACUCUGCUGCCGAUGUCGGCGGGAGGAAGGCUUCGCGGGCGCGGUCGGUGGCCGACGUCGCACGCACCUACCGGGGCUCCGAGACCGAUGCAGAAGCCAGGGGUGUGGCAAGGAAACUGCAGUCAUGGAGGAGCCAGCAUUCAGUUCCAGAGGGGAAGCGUAAGGGAACUGAUGCAAGUUGUUCAUCCCAGGGGUCAACAACCGGAGCGGGGUGCCGGCAAAUGGAUGAAACUACACAGUCAGAAUCUAGCACUGUUGUUUCUUCACCUGGCCAUCUCGAGCAUCAGGACCACUCAACUGUCCCAGUGGAUCCAGUUCUGGAAAUUCCUCCUGAAUUCGAUCCAGAUUCUGCUGAGUUUAUCUCUGACAUUAGUGAUUAUGUAACAGAAUAUGGAAAGAAAAAUGUUGUGGAAAUUUCUCUUGAGUCCAGGAACAGUGCAGCAAAACAGCACUGGGAGCAAAUGGAAAUUUCUCUUGAGUUUGAUACAGAUGCUUCUGAGCUGGUUUCAGACACAUGGCACCAUGGAGCAAACCAGCAACGGGGGGAAUUGGAAGCUUCUCUUGAGUUUGAUCCUGACACCUCUGAGCUCGCUCCUGACAUAACAGAAUAUACAUUAAAACUAAAACAGUCACAUGAACGUGCUCGAAAGCUUAGGGCAGAUUUGGCAGUUGAAGAGCAGCGGGAACAAGAACUGAGCAGAAUGCUGAAGGGCAUAGUAACAGAUCCAAACUUUACUGAGACACAUAAAAAACGGCCAAGAAGAAAGAGUAGCAUAGAAAGACUGAAAGUGUCAAGGCGUUUAGCUGAAGAGGCAAUGAACUAUUUUGAGGAAUGCGUUUCAAUUUCAACAAUGGAUAGCACUGAUUUCUCAUCACCUGAGGAUCCUCAACCAAAUUCAGUUGUGAAUGUCCCACCAAAGAGCAAUAGUAGAUUUUUCCACAAAGGGAGAUCAAUCUUUCAAGAACCCCACACUCUGGCUGAUCAACAUGGAUAUCAUGUGGAAUCUGACAAGCAAACUCAGUGCUCAAUUAGCGCAACUGGAUCCGAUGUGUCUGACAGUGUUAUCUUUAGUCACACAAAUGGUGCUGGUUUGAAAAUCAGGAGCGUCUCCAGCGAUGAUCCUGAUGGCUUUGACACUCCGCGGAGCAGAAGUUCUUGUUUCUCUUUCACCCACGAGCCAGUAAAAAAGCUCGAAAACUGCGAUGUUCGGCAAUACCUUGGGAAUUUCGGAAGGGGGAACAAUACAGAGCUAAAGGAGACGAGGUCAAGUUAUUUUGCCGAUGACUAUGCCUCACAGAAAGUUGAUCCGGACUUACUGAAGGAUAUGGUGACCUUUCAGAAUCGGAUAGAGUAUGGAGGGCUCGUUAUAUGUAACAUCAGAACAUUCUGACAGUGAACAGAGCCACUGUCCGAAGAAGCUAAGUAUAGCAUUGUGCAAUUAUCCUUUUGGCGAAUGUGGUUUUUUGGUGACUGCUAUAAUCUUUUGUCAUGUUUCUCUACUAAUUAUCAAUGCUAUGCUAUAAUCUGUGUGGCUGUGUGCGUCGUAUCUUGUAUGCGAUCCACCCGGAUUCAUAAUCCGUAUUUCUAACGAGACAGAACAACUCCUAUCCAGUGGUA